UCACAGUAAUCAACACCAACAAAUACGUUUACAAUGAAUUUGGAUAUGAAUUACACAUCUUGUUCCUAUCUCUUCUUCACAUUUAUUACCAUCUCCCUUCUUCAUAGACUCUUCAGCUCCUCUAGCCGCAGCAGUCUUCCUCCAGGUCCCCAAGGAUUUCCUAUUCUCGGUCAUAUGCAUCUCCUCCGGUCAAGCCUCCCUCGUUCUCUACAAGCCUUAGCUCACACUUACGGUCCUCUCAUGAGCAUACGCAUUGGAUCACUACGAGUACUUGUUGUCUCAGAUUCCGACACAGCUAAGCAAAUCCUCAAGACUCACGACCCUGAUUUCGCUUCCAAGUUUGUGUUUGGUCCGAGACAGUUCAACGUCUAUAAAGGAGCAGAGUUCUUUAAUGCACCUUAUGGACCUUACUGGAGGUUCAUGAAGAAGCUAUGCAUGACUAAGCUAUUCGCAGGUUAUCAGCUUGAUCGAUUUGUCGAUAUAAGAGAAGAGGAAACGUUAGCAUUACUGAGCUCCCUCGUUGAGAGAUCGAGAAAUGGAGAGGCGUGCGAUCUCGGUUUGGAGUUCACCGCUUUGACCACAAAGAUCUUAUCAAAGAUGGUUAUGGGGAAAAGGUGCCGCCAAAACUCAAAUAUUCCCGUAGAGAUUAGGAAGAUAGUGAGCGAUAUUAUGGCUUGCGCCACAAGGUUUGGAUUCAUGGAGCUAUUUGGACCAUUGCGGGAUCUAGAUUUGUUUGCGCCUUACGGGCUUCGCUGGAAGUUCAUGAAGAGAAUUUGUAUGGUGGAGCUCUUCAGCAGCAGAGCAUUAGAUAGCUUUGUUUCUGUGAGAAGCGAGGAAUUGAGCAAGCUUCUGAUACGCGUCCUGAAGAAAGCAGAAGCAGAAGAAAGUGUUAAUCUCGGUGAACAGCUAAAGGAAUUAACAAGCAACAUCAUAACGAGAAUGAUGUUCAGAAAAAUGCAAUCGGAUAGUGAAGGUGACGGCAAAACAGAGGAAGUUAUCAAAAUGGUAGUGGAGUUGAAUGAAUUAGCCGGUUUUUUCAACGUUUCUGAAACGUUUUGGUUCUUGAAAAGGCUUGACUUGCAAGGACUCAAGAAGAGGCUCAAGAAUGCUCGAGACAAAUAUGAUGUCAUGAGUGAGAAGAUGAUGUCUUUUGGAGCUGGGAGAAGAAGUUGUCCAGGAGAGAAAAUGGUGUUUAGAUUCGUUCCAGUCGUUGUAGCUGCGAUAAUACAGUGUUUUGAGCUGAAAGUAAAAGGAAGUGUAGAGAUGAAUGAAGGGACUGGAUCAUCUCUGCCUAGAGCCACACCUUUGGUGUGUGUUCCUGUUGCCAAAGAAGCUAUACAAUCAUUUUCUCUACUAGAACCAAAGGUCAACUUCUACUAAUGGUUUUUAAGAUGAAAAUGUAUAAGAGCAGGAAAACUUACCACUUGUGUAAAAAACAUUUUACAUCACUUUUCAAAACUUGGUCCUAAUAAAAUUGGUAGUAACAU